AUGGAUAACCCCGCAGGGGCGGGUAUCGGUGUGUUCAGUUCGCUGACCCUGCCGCGCGGCGUGCGCUUCGGGCCGUACCGCGGCGCCGACACGCGCGCCCCGCGCCCCGCCUACUGCUGGCAGAUACACGACGGUAACAACAAGCGCUCGCACUAUGUGGACGCGACGGACGCGAACAACUCCAACUGGAUGCGAUACGUGAACUGCUCGAGACACAGCUCCGAGCAGAACCUCGUCGCCUACCAGUACAGAGGGAUGAUAUACUACCGAACGAUAGAGAUAAUACCAAAAUUCACAGAGCUGUUGGUAUUCUAUGGCGGCGAAUUUGCUCAUAGACUCAACAUUGAUAUCAAAAAAUAUAAUACACCAAUGGGAUAUGCUCGAACACUAGGUGCCUUUAAUCCUCUGAAACUGCCAAACAAAGAAAAAGCGAAUGAAGUAGUCAGCAACGAAAAGGCUCCCGAACAACCAAAUCCAAUACUAGAAAAUAGGCCAAAGGAAAGUAAUGAACUUAUUUUAAAAACAAGUGCAAUUAAUAAAUUCAAUAAAGACUCAAAUAGUAUAAAUAAAAUACCUAAAAAUAGUAAGAAGAUAAAAAAGUAUGAGCUUCCGAAAAAAAUACAGAAAGAUUCCAUUUUAACUAAUUCUAACAAUAGUCUUACAGAACCACAUGUGACAAAGAAUCCAAAAAUACAUAACCGAAAUGAAAAAUCAACACUAAAUGAAACUAAACCAGCGAAUCAUAUAAACUUAGCACUUACAAAAACUUCAAAAAUACAAAUAAAUGACAAGCCAAAUGACAAACAACACGACAGCGAUUUUUUUGUUCCGAAUAAUAAAUACAUUUGUAAUAUAUGUAAUUAUGAAACUGUAAGAAAAAAAUGCUUAAUUGUUCAUUUAAGGUUGCACGAUACUAAAGAAAAGAAACAUUGUUGUGGUCAAUGUCAGUAUAUGACUAAUGUGAAAAACAGUUUUAACAUGCAUCUUAAAAAACACACAGGUGAAAAAUCACACGAAUGUCAUAUUUGUCAAAGAAAAUUUAGUCAUAUGGUUUCUUUAAAGAUACACAUACAAACACACACAGGUGAAAAACCAUACAAAUGUCAUAUUUGUCAAAGAAAAUUUAGUCGAAUCGCAGAUUUAAAUAGACACAGAAGAACACACACAGGUGAAAAACCAUACGAAUGUCAUAUUUGUCAAAGAAAAUUUAGUGAUAUCACUAAUUUAAAGCCACACAUAAGAACACACACAGGUGAAAAGCCAUACGAAUGUCAUAUUUGUCAAAGAAAAUUUAGUCAAAUGGUUUCUUUAAAGAUACACACAAGAACACACACAGGUGAAAAACCAUACGAAUGUCAUAUUUGUCAAAGAAAAUUUAGUCAUAUGGUUUCUUUAAAGACACACACAAGAACACACACAGGUGAAAAACCAUACGAAUGUCAUAUUUGUCAAAGAAAGUUUAGUGAUAUCACUUAUUUAAAGAUACACACAAGAACACACACAGGUGAAAAACCAUACGAAUGUCAUAUUUGUCAAAGAAAAUUUAGUCAAAUGGUUUCUUUAAAGACACACACAAGAACACACACAGGUGAAAAACCAUACGAAUGUCAUAUUUGUCAAAGAAAAUUUAGUCAAAUGGUUUCUUUAAAGACACACACAAGAACACACACAGGUGAAAAACCAUACGAAUGUCUCAUUUGCCCAAAGAAAUUUACACAAAAACAUGGUUUAAAGUAUCAUUUAAGAACUCAUCAUACUUAAAUAAAAUAUAUAUAUUACUUUUUAUAAGAGUUUACUCUUUCAGAAGCAAUAUAAGGAACUGAAAUGAGAGAGUGACGCUUUUCAUCCCUUUUAGCUUGUAUGUA